AUGCGAUACCUCUUUCUUCACAACCUACCCUACCCUCCAUAUGGUCCCAAUAUUCCAGCAAGGAGACUUGGACAGCGGUCUCACUUUAUUCAACGCUGGGGGUUCUUCGUCACGUUUAUCGUCAUGGAGGAUUUCCCAGGUAAGGUUAUGUUGCGUUUGUCUCGAUUAUCACUAAAAUCCUAACACAUCCUUGUUUGCAUCUUGUAAAUUUUGAGCUUGAAGGAUACUAUAGGCAAUACUUAGUUUAACGAUUUGCAUUUUUGGUCGCCAGAUUGUUCAGAUUUGAACUACUUAUCGGACGAAGAUACAGAAGAUGCUAGCGUUUGCAAGCGGAGUAGAAGGUGUGCUUCGUCACGAUUAUUUUCAGUUGUUUUGCAUGUAUAAAAAAGCCUUAAUGUUACUACAGUAUUUUACGUGUAUAGAAAGAAUGCAUUGCCACUUUGCGUGGCUGUUCACGGCCAACUUGGCUUCUUUGCUAAUGUUUCUAGAUUUUAAAAGUUACAUGAUAUCUUCAUUGAAAUAGGGUCAUGAGGUUGCACAGCAAUUCUGAUUUCAAGUUUUCGUUAACACUGCUAUUUUCAUUUUUUCUCUAUAGUGUUUUCAAACAAAGUCAGGAUGAAGUCUUUGAUACGGUACGUUCUUUUACUAUAUUAAAGGUAGUAAUGGAUUAACAACGUGUCCUUCCACAACCAUUGAAGAUUAACGCAAAUUAAAAAUCUUACACAUCAGUCCAGGUUAAAUUUGGGCGAUGUUGAUUUUUGUAUUAAUUUUUAACCUUUGAUUUUAUUUAGGCGGAUAGCAGCCCUGUCAAUUCCCCAAAUGCUAAGAAAAUUAAGAGGUAGGUUUUAAAAGUAAUUAAGCAGCUGGUAAUUCUUGGAUAUGCAAGUUUGGGGGAUGCUAAUAGACCCCUCCACGGUUUUUUCAACAUUUGACAUGGACCGGUUAGUGAAAUUCCUUUGACACCACUGGACAGAGCGCCUUCAAAUUGGUAACAUUGGCAAAGUUGCAAAAAUUUAUAGACGUUUGUAAACUUGUACCCACCAUACAAACGUCUGAAAAAUUUCGCGACUUCGAGGAGCUAUAUCUUCGUUACUUUUCGACAAAUCACAAAUCACUUUUCUUUCAAGGCGCCCUUUCCAGUGGUGAACGUUUUUGGGUGAUGCAAGAGUUGGUUAAUUUCCUUUUAUUAUUAUUUUUUAUAUAUAUACAGCAAAACGGUUGUGCGGGAGGAAAUCGCGUUUGUAAGGCGAGAAAUCGAGAUAAUCGACACGAGUGAGGAAGAGGAGGACUCUGAGGAUAGUCAGCAGGUACAUUGA